GCAUCUAUUUCCCUGGAACUCGCCUGCCCAGCAGCGUCCCCCGCACGGAUGGAACCGGAGCCCUCCUCCGCAGCCCCAAAAGCAUUCCUCACUGCCUUGCGUGAAUUCUCAGUCCUAAUGAUGGGACAUACUACCAUUUUUACAAUGCACUACAUCAUGAAUUCGCCUCAGAAAUUGGGUCUGAGAAGCCAAAGAAUGAAACUCCUUAUCAUGAGGACCUUCUACAGCCCAGGGUCCUUCCAGCCCAACAGAAAAACUUCAGCAAAAACUGCCAUCAGACUGUAUCACAGACUCACUGAAAUGGGUCGAGCCAUGGGGCAGAAUUUCCAACAGAAAAUAUCUUCUGUGGCCAAAACUUGGUGGGAUAGUUAUGAGGAGUUCGUUGGACUAAAUGAAGUUCGAGAGGCCCAGGGGAAUGUGACUGAGGCAGAGAAAGAGUUCAUGGUGGCUCGAGGAAUUGUCCGAAAGGCUAGAGAUGACUUGGAAGUUCACCAGGUUAGACUAAAAGAGAUUCGGGAUCGUUUGGAUCGAGUUUCCCGGGAAGAUACCCAGUAUUUGGAACUUGCAACUCUGGAACACAGACUGUUACAGGAAGAGAAGAGGCUUCGAACUGCCUACAUUAAUGCCGAAGAAUCAGAACGAGAGAAGUUUUCCUUCUUUUCUGCAGCAGUGAGAGAGAGUCAUGAGAAGGAGCGAACAAGAGCUGAAAAGACAAAGAAUUGGUCAAUCAUCGGUUCUAUUCUAGGGGCUGUGAUUGGUGUUGCUGGCUCCACUUAUGUGAAUCGAGUACGGUUGCAGGAACUGAAGUCUUUGCUUCUAGAAUCCCAAACUGGACCAGUGAGUCUGCAGGAAGCUAUAAGAGAACAAGCUUCCAGUCACAUCAUGCAGAACAAGGAUCUUGGUAACCUUAUUGAAGAGCUUAGGAGCUUGGUGAACACUGGAAUCAGGGUAUCUUCUGGAGCUGAAGAAGAUGCCACAUCUACUAGAGAAAGUCUCAUGUCUCAUAAAGAUACAUACUUACUUUCAGCCUCUUUGAAAGAACAGCUCAGCCAUUCUCAGCAGGUUCGUUCAUGUCUGGAGAGUUUACAAGAGCAGCUUUCUGACCUGGACAAAAAAUUCAGCCAAAUGGUUGCAGAGAUUCAGCUUGUAAAGGCUACAGCCCGUUCUCAGUUAAUCGAGCAAGCAGACCAAACUUUGUUAGACCCUUCACUGGAUACCAGGCAGUCUCUGGUUGCCCAGGGCAUGAUUCUGGAACUGUCAGAUAUGGAGCAGAGGUUGGAGGCCCAAGUCAACAGGAACUCUAUCUACAGCACUGUGCUAACAUGUACCAUGUUUGCUGCUAUGCUGCCAGUACUAUACAUUCUUUUCAGAGCCAACUAGCUUCUUUGGAGGGAAGCUCCAGUGAGGAAGAGGAGUUGUUACUUUUAGGAAUAAGCUGGCCAGGCACCUUGCUGCUUUGUCCAUUUAAGUCACUUGGAGGUUACUAAUGAUGAAGCCCUACAGAACUGCUGAGACUGGCUCCUGAAAGGGGAAAGAGAUAGACAACAGGGUUCUCUUUUUCACACACAGAUUUACCUUUUUAAAAUUCCAGCUCACAUUUUACAUUCAUUUAUUAACUUUGCAUUUACAUGACAUGUUCCACAGAAGAAAAGAAUUACAUUUGAGAUUAUGUUAUUAAAAAUAACUUAAAAACUUCAAAUUAUGAUAGUAGCUGAAAUUUACAUGACAUUUUACAGUCUGCAGAGCACUUUGUAUACAUUAUCAAUUGAUCCUCACAACAAUUCGAUGUAGUAAUGAGAGUUUCUAAGCUAAUUUGGUGGAAAAGAUUGAGACAGCAGUUCAGCAGUAUGGAUUUAGAACCUGAAGUUCUAUUAAUUUAAAAAUUUACCUUUAUGGUCUCUCUGUUCUCUUUGUUUUCCUUAAUGUUCUUUCUCUACUAUUGUUUGCAUUCUAUGACAUUUUUUAGUAUCAUGUUACUUUGUGUUGAGAUUAUUUUUGAUGCUUCAUCUGUCUACAUUUCUAAGUUUAAUUUUUAUUUGUCCUACCUAAUUUAUAUUUCUCAGACCAUCUUGUGUCUUAAGUGUUUAUGAGGUGUCUAGUCAUUAGAACUUGGGAGUCAUUAGAAAGUCAUUAUGUUUUAGCUAUUCUGUUCCAUCUAUCAGGUGAGAAAAGCUUCCCUUGCCUUCCCUCCCCCUCCCCCCCACCUCCUUUUCACCUUCUCUCCAGACAUGAGGAAGAAUUAAUGUCUGAUACUUGAAGCAGAGGGAAUUGGAGGUAGGGAAUGAAACUGUAUGAUGGGAAAAUAGGAAGCCACUGAGUUUAGGUGAUAAUGGAUUAUAUUGGAUUGGCAGCCCAGAGAUAGGAUCCUGUGAAACAAACAUCUUUGCCUGUAGGGAAAUAGAUUUGGGCAUUACCAAAGGCUGCACAUAUCUUUCCUCUCUAUUGCCUGGAGAUGCUCUCUGAAAGUAUCUCAUUUUGCUUAAGGCAAGAUGGGAGGAGAGCUGGCAAAGUGUAUCCCAUUGAUUGUGUGAACUGAAAAACUGUAAGCUGGGUGGGGUGAAUUCCAGAAGUGAAAGUCACCAUGCUAGUCAGACUGGGAUUGGAAGGAGGGGGAGCAGGCAGGUUGGAUGGUGGCAGAUUAGUUUUGAGGGAACCCCACCCUGACAUGCCUGCUCCAGUACAGGAGGGCUGCCUGCUAUUCCUUCAAAGCCUUCUUGCCUUGUCAAGCCUCAGACAGUGGGCUUGUUCUAUAUCAGCAUUUCCUUUGUGUUGUUAGGUAAGAACUCAUAGUUGAAUAAAAGAUAUGGCUAAUA